UCAAACAAUUGCAGAUUGUACCAGACUGAAGUUACAUGAUGUUCCGACAGAUUUACCAUUGGGCAUAUCAAGUCUAGAUCUGAGCUUCAAUCAAAUUUCAAAGAUAAAAAACAAUACCUUUGAAUCUUUUUUCUAAUUUGACGACAUUGAAAAUGGAUUUUAACAAUAUUGAUACUAUAGAUGGCUAUGCAUUUCAAAGUUUCAAAAGAUUACGAUGGCUUUCGAUGAGGCAGAACCAUAUUAACAUAUUUUCUAAAAUAUUUGACAUUGCACUUAAGUCGUUACUAGGCCUUCAACAUUUAGAUAUCAGAUACAAUAUAGAUAAAACAAUGGAUAUAUCAAAACCCAUGGUUUAUCCAUACUUUGAAAACCAUCCGCUUAUAACCGAUUUAUACAUGGAUAUUGUUGAAAACCCUGUAUUCAAGCUGAGUGGGUUCAAAAACAUAUUAGAACUGAACACAAUAAAGUUCGCACGAUGUUUUUUAAAACAAAUGUUUAAUGACACCUUAGUAGAUUUACCAUCAACCAUUACUGCAAUCUACUUUCACGAGUGUGUCGGUAAAUUAUCGAUUGUAGAGGCAGACUUUUUGAAGCCGUUUCCACUUCUUCAGAUAUUAAAUAUGGAUAGAGUAGCUAUACAUUUAGGGGAUGCUUUAAAACUUCUAUAUCCUUUUACGCAUGCAAGGAUGACCUCGAUUAUAUUCAAACAAAUCAGUCCUCUUGUUCCUAAACCUGUUUUCAUAACUCGUGUUAUGAUUCAAUAUUUGAUGCAUGUUUGUGUAAAAACUUUAGUUUUAGCAGAAUGUGAAAUUGUAGGGUAUGAGAAAAGAUCUCUACUUGCAUUUAAAUUUCCCGAAUGUCUAGAAAAUGUUGUAUUUUCAGGCAACCGAUUUUCAUUAGCAUUAGGAGCUCAUUUGAGGGAGCUGAUAGUAUUUAUGAGGAAAGCCAUCAACGUGAAAUUUUUUGACUUGUCGUAUAAUGCAAUUAACUUCAACAAUAUUAAAUACUGCAACCUAGACGUGCUGGAUAAUCCUUCAUAUGCAAAAGAAAUAUAUAGUAAGGGAUGCCAAAUUAAAUCUUCAACUACAAAUGAAAAUGAAGCUUACAGCCCAAUACUAGAAAAAGGGUCAAAUGGUUGAUGAAUCUAAAUUUCAGAUUUAUUUACCUGUUAAUCUUACUUUUCUUCGUGUUUCCCAUUAUAUGACAUCAUAUCGACAGACAGGACAAAAGUUAUUUGU